ACCGAUCGUUGUUGUUCGCGAACGAUUCAUCACCACUAACCAUGGAGUCCGGGGGAUUGACAACAUGAUAUAAAGAGCCGAAGCGGAAAGGAGCUUUACACUAUAACACACUAUUUUUCUCCCCCCUAUAGAGUUUACAGUGGUCAAAGAAAAAACAUGUGAGAGAAAAGGGGGUAAAGAAAUCCACUGGAAGAACGGACUAGGAAGGCUUGAUAGAAGGAAGAGGAGGCAGGACUGAGCGAUUCAGCCAGUGCCGUACUGAUCCCCUUGGUAACGGGAACAGAACCGUUUUCCUUCUACCUCAUCCGUGAUGACAGAGGUGGGAGUGAAGUGGGCCUGCGACUACUGCACCUAUGAGAACUGGCCGUCCGCUGUUAAGUGCACCAUGUGUCGUGCACAAUGUCCCAGCAGACCCAUAAUCACAAAGGAGACCUACAUUAGCAGCCCCAGCAGUGUUACUAUGGAGCCUGGUUGUGAUUGGCAGGACCCUCCAAGCCCAGAGGGAAGCUGUGGUAGCCUCCUGAUCUACCCAGAUUCUAGUGCCAGGCCCCGUGUCAAGCCUCCCAGCGUGACUGAGAAUAGCUCCAAGUGGUCCUGUCACAUGUGCACCUACCUGAACUGGCCUCGUGCCAUUCGCUGUACCCAGUGUCUGUGUCAGCGCCACCAGAGGACCCCCUGCAGUCCCACGGAGGCCCCCCAGACGUCAGGCUCCAACGUGGGCUACCGCCCAGCCCCUCCCCCCAUGGACCCAUGUACAGAGGAGUACAACGACCGGAACAGACUCAACAGACUCAACACCCGAGGUGGUGGUGGUAGCAGCAGUAGCCAGCACUGGACUUGCACUGCCUGUACUUACCAGAACUAUCCCAAGACCCGGAAGUGCAUCGUCUGCGACCACCCCCAGCCUCAACCUAACAACCGGGAGGCUAUUCCUAUAGAGCUGGCUGGGCAGUCCGAGGAUGCUCCCUCAUCCACAUCCUCAAACAUCAAUGAACAGGACAGAGACAGGGCCAGGUGGAGAGGGAGUGGAGGGAGCUGCAGUAGGGGGCUGAGCGGGGGACAGAGACAGAAGACAGGGACUGAGGAUACCUCUCCACCCACCUCUAAGAGGGAGGCGGAGGUAAAGAUGGACUUCCAGAGGAUUGAGCUGGCGGCCGGGGCAAUGGGCAGCGGAGAGGAGCAGCAUCACCAUCCGGAGAACAUCGACUUCAAGAAGACCAAACAGAUUAAGAACAGGAUGAGGAAAACUGACUGGCUGUUCCUCAAUGCUUGUGCAGGUGUGGUGGAGGGGAACAUGGCUGCUGUCGAGGCCUACAAGUCGUCAGGUGGUGACAUCGCCCGUCAGAUGACUUCAGACGAGGUCCGUCUCCUGAACCGUGCCACUGCCUUCAACGAUGGCUUUACGCUAGUUCACCUGGCCAUCCGCUUCCAGAGACAAGACAUGUUGGCUAUCCUUCUCACUGAGGUGUCCCAGCAGGCAGCUAAGUGUAUCCCUGCCAUGGUGUGUGGUGAGCUGACAGAACAGAUCCGCAGGGAGAUCGCUGCCUCUCUGCACCAACGUAAAGGAGACUUCAACUGUUACUUCCUCUCUGACCUGGUGACCUUCACACUGCCCGCAGACAUCGAAGACCUGCCCACUGCAGUCCAGGAGAAGCUGUUUGAUGAGGUGUUAGAUCGAGAUGUACAGAAAGAGCUAGAGGAAGAGUCUCCCAUCAUCAACUGGUCUUUGGAGCUGGGAACCAGGCUGGACAGCAGACUGUAUGCCCUGUGGAACCGUACACAGGGAGACUGCCUGUUAGACUCAGUACUGCAGGCUACCUGGGGGAUAUACGACAAGGACUCUGUCCUCCGCAAGACCCUCCACGACAGCCUGCAUGACUGCUCUCAAUGGUUCUACACACGGUGGAAGGAGUGGGAGUCCUGGUAUUCUCAGAGCUUUGGUCUCCACUUUUCCCUCCGAGAGGAACAGUGGCAGGAGGACUGGGCCUUCAUACUCUCUCUGGCCAGCCAGCCUGGUGCCAGCCUGGAACAGACUCACAUCUUUGUUCUAGCACACAUUCUUCGUCGACCAAUCAUCGUGUACGGAGUGAAGUAUUACAAGAGUUUCCGUGGAGAAACGUUAGGCUACACUCGUUUCCAAGGUGUGUACCUGCCCCUGUUGUGGGAGCAGAGCUUCUGUUGGAAGAGUCCCAUCGCCCUGGGUUACACGCGUGGACACUUCUCUGCCCUGGUCGCCAUGGAGAACGACGGCUACGACAAUCGCGGCGCGGGCGCCAACCUCAACACUGACGAUGACGUCACAGUAACCUUCCUGCCGCUGGUAGACAGCGAGAGAAAACUGCUGCACGUACAUUUUCUGUCUGUACAUGAGAUGGGUAACGAGGAGCAGCAGGAGAAGUUGUUGAGGGAGUGGUUGGACUGCUGUGUAACGGAGGGAGGCAUGUUGGCCGCAAUGCAGAAGUCGUCCCGUCGACGCAACCACCCUCUGGUCACACAAAUGGUGGAGAACUGGCUGGAUGGAUACCGACAGAUCUGUCCCUGCGCCUCUCUCUCCGACGGGGAGGAGGAGGAUGAAGAUGAGUGAAGGAGGGGAAGGACACAGUGACAGACACAGGAGAGGGUGACAGAGGAGGAUAUGGCGUCACUGGAUGGGACUCGAGACCACUAGCAUCCUUCAUACAGUACCAUACGCCUCCUCACCUCAAAGAGGAUCGACGAUCUUCUGCGCUGCCACCUGAGGCUGUAUCCCAAAGCACAUAGGGGUUCUGCUCAAAAAGUAGUGCGCACUAUAUAGGGAAUAGGUUGCCAUUUGGGACGCAGGCGGAGCGUUCAAUGGUCUUUCACUCUGCCAUCUCAGAAGCACUGAAGAGAGGAGACUUGCUCUGGUUCUGAAAGAACACUCUAGAACACAUUCUAGAAUCUCCUCAACAAACCAUGACAACAACAAUGGGUGCGUUCGUAAAUUCACUCAGGAGAGCCUUGUCAGGUUGUAAAUUCAGAGCGCACAACGGCAAUCAAGCACCCAAGCUAACUGGCUAACGGUGGUUAGCUUGCUAGCUACUUCCAGACACAUAAUGAGAGAACACCUCACUCUGACUAUUUUACUCUCCCUAGUAGAGCUGGUUAGGCUGUUUUACAUGUUAUCCAGAGUGUUGGUGACUGUAACUGUGCUGCUGGCAACAAUUGAAUUACGUUUCUUUUUUUCUUUUUUUUGCAGAGGUUUACUGACACCGGUCGUAUUCAACGGGUGUUGCGUGUUUUAUAAAUGAAUCAGUUAUUCUGUCCCUCUCUCACACUGACGACAGUGUUCUGAAAUGGGAGUAGAUAGCCAGAGGGAAUUUACGAACACACCCAAGGACAGCAACUACCACAAGUAGCAACCCAUAGUAUUUUAAAUAAACAACUAUAGUGUGUGAAAUGUUAAUCAUCUUUAAAAUAUUUAGUUUUUCCAUUUCCCCCAGUGUAAUUAUUUAUCCAUCAUUGUAAUAAUGCAUGUGUUGUAUAAAUGAUGUACUAGGAAACAACAACAAAAAAAUACCAGCAUCAAAGUGGAAGACAGGAAUCCUCAUUGACUAUCACUACUAUGGACAUCUACCUACGAAACCACAUUACUUAACAAUUUUUCUAAAGUUUUCCGCUACCUAUUUUGUUAUUGAGAAUACUUGCCGUUUUCAAUCCCCUCCACCAGAGAGAAGUAGUGCUAUGUUUAGGAAGCUAUAGUUAUAUUUAAGGAAACUUAAAGGACUGCUGCACUCAUGAAAUUAAACUAUUCUAUUUAGAGGAUUAUAAAUGCUAACAGAAUUA